CAUCUUGUCUGCUGCGUUAGGUUGGGAGACCUCCCGCAUCUAAGGCAGGAAGAUGGUGGCCGCCAAAAAGACGAAAAAGUUCCUGGAGUCGAUCAACUCCAGAAUUCAACUUGUUAUGAAAAGUGGAAAGUACAUGCUGGGGUACAAGCAGACGCUGAAGAUGAUCAGACAGGACAAAGGGAAAUUGGUCAUCCUUGCCAACAACUGCCCAGCCUUGAGGAAAUCUGAAAAAGAAUACUAUGCCAUGUUGGCAAAAACUUGUGUCCAUCACUACAGUGGCAAUAAUAUUGAACUGGGUAUAGCAUGUGGAAAAUACUACAGAGUAUGCACACUGGCUAUCAUUGAUCCAGGUGAUUCUGAUAUCAUUAGAAGCAUGCCAGAACAAACUGGAGAAAAGUAAAGAGUGCACAGUUUUUCUUUUAUAAAACUUUCCAGAGCUGUUUAAAAAAA